AUGACAAUCCACACCGUCCCAGACACUCAGUGGGCCCAAGUAGUCGAGGCCAAAGGCGGACCCCCAAUCUACAAAGAAAUUCCCGUCCCAAAACCCGGCCCCGAUGAAGUACUUAUCAAAGUCAAAUACUCAGGUGUCUGCCACACAGACCUGCACGCGAUGAACGGUGACUGGCCCCUCCCCCUCAAGCUCCCCCUGGUCGGAGGCCACGAAGGAGCAGGAGUCGUAGUAGCCAAGGGCCAACUAGCUCAAGGAAUCGAGGUUGGCGACCACGCAGGUAUCAAAUGGCUCAAUGGGUCGUGUCUUGCCUGUGAGUUCUGCAAGACGGCCGAUGAACCUCUCUGUGCGGAGGCACAACUCUCGGGUUACACAGUUGAUGGCACCUUCCAGCAGUACGCGAUUGGAAAGGCGGCGCAUGUGACCAAGUUGCCUAAAGAUCUUGCCAUGGAUGCCGUUGCGCCUAUUCUUUGUGCGGGUAUUACCGUUUACAAGGGAUUGAAGGAGUCUGGGGCUAAGCCUGGUCAGACAGUUGCUAUUGUUGGGGCUGGUGGUGGUCUUGGUUCGUUGGCUUUGCAGUAUGCUAAGGCUAUGGGAUUACGAGUAAUUGCUAUUGAUGGAGGUGAUGAGAAACGUGAGAUGUGUGAGCAGCUUGGCUCUGAGGCCUAUGUCGACUUUACCAAGUCCAAGGAUCUGGUUGCGGAUGUGAAGGCUGCUACCCCAGAAGGGCUGGGUGCUCACGCGGUCCUUUUGCUCGCCGUCUCUGAGAAGCCUUUCCAGCAGGCUGUUGAAUACGCUCGUCCACGAGGUGCUAUAGUUGCCAUCGGUCUCCCUGCCAAUGCAUUCCUGAAAGCACCCGUCUUUGAAACUGUUGUCAAGAUGAUCAACAUCAAGGGUAGCUACGUUGGAAAUCGCCAGGAUGGUGUUGAGGCCAUUGACUUCUUUGCUCGAGGAUUGAUCAAAGCGCCGUUCAAGACCGUUCCCCUCAAGGAGCUGCCUAAGGUGUUUGAGCUCAUGAAGCAAGGAAAGAUCGCCGGUCGUUACGUGGUCGAGAUUCCUGAGUGA